AUGAAUAUAAAAUUAUUUUGUUUUUUUUUAUACACUCCUUCCCCACCAAGAGAAUUAUGUGAAAAUUCACCAUAUUAUGAAGCUAUUAGACAAAAAGGUUAUGAAGUUUUAUUUGUUUAUGAAUCACAUGAUGAAGUUUUACUUAUGCAAUUAGCUGAAUUUGAUAAGAAAAAAUUAAAAUCAGUUGAAUCAGAACUUGAAACUGAUACAAAAAAAGAUGAUGUCAUUCUUGAAGGAGAUACUCGUAGUUUAACUCAAGAUGAAGCAAAUACAUUAAAACAAUGGAUACUUAAACAAUUUGGUGAUAAAAUCAAAAAUGUUAAAAUCAAUACAAAACUUGAUCAACAUCCUUGUAUAAUAACAACAAAUAAAAUGGGUGCUGUUCGUCAUUUCUUAAAAACAAAUCUACUUCAAAGAAAUAAACAACAAGAAAUCUAUAAAGUUCUUCAACUUAAUUUUGAUAUUAAUCCAAAACAUAUAUUAAUUAAAAAACUUUAUACACUUCAUAAAUCAAAUAAUACACAAUUAGCAACAAUGCUUGGUCAACAAUUAAUCGAUAAUGCAUUGGUUACAGCUGGUCUAGUUGAAGAUCCACGUUUAGUACUUACGGGUUUAAAUAAAUUAUUAGAAAAAGUACUUGAAAAAUAUUAG